GCGACUCUCCUCCCUCCUUUUCCUUCUUCUAAAAACAUCAACUAUACAGAGAGAAUUUUUCUGUGGAAAAUGGCAGGGAGGGUAGAUCUAGACGGCAAUCCGAUCAAGCCGAUGACGAUUUGCAUGAUCGGCGCCGGUGGCUUCAUUGGCUCCCACUUAUGCGAGAAGCUCAUGUCGGAAACGCCGCACACGGUGCUCGCCGUCGAUGUUUACAGUGAUAAAAUCAAGCAUCUACUUGAACCGACUUCUCUACCCUGGAAUGGAAGGAUACAGUUCCACAGAAUUAACAUUAAGAAUGAUUCUCGCCUUGAAGGACUCAUCAAAAUGGCAGAUCUGACUGUAAAUCUUGCUGCGAUCUGCACCCCAGCUGAUUAUAAUACACGUCCACUUGACACAAUCUACAGCAACUUCAUUGAUGCUCUACCAGUGGUUAAGUACUGCUCAGAAAAUGGAAAGCGUCUCAUUCACUUUUCCACUUGUGAAGUUUAUGGGAAAACCAUAGGUGCCUUUUUGCCCGAAGACAGCCCAUUGCGGCAGGAUCCUGCUUAUUUUGUUCUUUCGGAAGAGGCAUCUCCAUGCAUUUUUGGACCUAUUGAGAAGCAAAGGUGGUCCUAUGCCUGUGCAAAGCAAUUGAUUGAGAGAUUGAUCUAUGCUGAGGGUGCUGAGAAUGGCUUAGAAUUCACCAUUGUUAGGCCCUUCAAUUGGAUUGGCCCCAGGAUGGAUUUUAUACCCGGGAUCGAUGGUCCUAGUGAAGGUGUUCCAAGAGUAUUGGCUUGCUUUAGUAAUAACCUAUUAAGACAUGAACCACUAAAACUAGUGGACGGUGGACACUCGCAGAGAACCUUCAUAUAUAUCAAGGAUGCUAUUGAAGCUGUUUUCCUGAUGAUUGAAAAUCCUGCACGGGCCAACGGCCAUAUCUUUAACGUCGGCAAUCCUAAUAACGAAGUUACUGUCAAGCAGCUAGCUGAAAUGAUGACUCAGGUGUACUCAAAGGUGAGUGGAGAAACUCCUCUUGAAACUCCCACCGUCGAUGUAAGUUCUAAAGAAUUUUAUGGCGAGGGGUAUGAUGACAGUGACAAGCGAAUUCCAGACAUGACCAUAAUCAAUAGACAGCUCGGUUGGAACCCAAAGACAUCCCUAUGGGACUUGCUUGAAUCCACACUCACUUACCAACAUAGGACAUACGCCGAGGCUGUCAAGCAGGCGAUGUCAAAGACAACAGCAAAUUGAAUGAAGUCGGAGCAGAGCUUCACUGUGUGUAAUCUUCAUCUACUCGGUUCGACUUCAUCCACGUUAUUUAUUCUCUUUGUCAUCCUCUUCAUGCAACCUAUAAUAGGUGACAACAGAUUCACUAUGAAAUUAAGCCUUUGCUACAACAGUUUUUGACGCAUUAUAGUCAAAAGAAGCCUGGAGUCUGCUCAUGAUUUUGUUGUCAUUAUAUUAUCAUUCUUCUGUAUGGAAGUAUGUUGUAUCAUUACACAUAUUUUCCUUAUCUAU